UCUCAGAGAAGAAUGGCACCUGAAAAUGGCUCUUUGGUGAAUGAAUUUGUUCUGAUGGGAUUGACAGACAAGCCUGACCUCCAACUUCCCCUCUUCUUCCUUUUCCUAGUGAUAUUCAUGGUAACUGUGAUGGGGAAUUUGGGUUUGGUAACUCUAAUUGGGCUGAACACACACCUGCACACACCCAUGUACUUUUUCCUCUUCAACUUGUCCUUUAUUGAUCUCUGUUAUUCUUCUGUGUUUACACCUAAAAUGUUAAUGAACUUCAUAUCAGAAAAGAAUGUGAUCUCUUACAGAGGGUGCAUGGCCCAGCUGUACUUUUUCAGUUUCUUUAUCAUUUCUGAAUGUUACAUGCUGACCUCAAUGGCCUAUGACCGCUAUGCAGCCAUCUGUAACCCACUUCUAUAUAACAUGGCCAUGUCCCCCAGAGUGUGUCUCAGCCUUAUGCUUGGCUCCUACCUGAUGGCGUUUUCUGGUGCCAUGGCCCACACAGGAUGCAUGCUGAGGCUGACCUUCUGUGAUGCAAACACCAUCAACCACUAUUUCUGUGACAUUUUCCCUCUGCUUGAGCUCUCCUGCACCAGCACCUACAUCAAUGAGUUAGAGGUUUUCAUUGUGGUGGGGAUCAACAUCAUUGUGCCCAGUGUCACCAUCUUCAUCUCUUAUGGUUUCAUCCUCUGCAACAUCUUUCAGCUAAGCUCCACCGGGGGCAGGUCCAAAGCCUUCAGCACCUGCAGCGCCCACAUAGUUGCAGUUUCUCUGUUCUUUGGAUCAGGUGCGUUCAUGUAUCUCAAACCAUCCUCUGCUGGGUCUAUGGAUGAGGGAAAAAUCUCUUCUGUUUUCUACACUAUUGUGGUUCCUAUGAUGAACCCUUUAAUCUAUAGUUUAAGGAAUAAAGAUGUUAAAGUUGCCCUGAUAAAAACCUUGAGGAAAGGAAAGUUUUGAUCAAAUUCAAUAUGUCUGUGAAGUUGUGGAGAGAUUAUCCUUACUUAAAAUAAUUUAGUGGCAGCUUUCUUAUAUUUCUUUAUUAUCUG